AUGGCGAGACUGAUUCCUUUGACUGAUCCUGAUGGGCCGGGCUUCGACAUCGGUAACGGGCUGUACAUAGGGCGAAAGGAGACGUGCCAAAUCCGAAUCAGCGGGCCAACUGUUAGCGCCGUUCAGUGCGAAGUGCGAUGGGUUGCUCAGCUUGAAGCCUUCCAGGUUAUCGACCGAAGUUCCAACGGGACCUUCCUGAAUGGCCAGCUGAUGGAGAAGGAUCAGGUAGCACAGCUACGCCAUGGCGACGUGGUGCAGCUCACCAGGCGCUGGCUACAAAGCCCGGGCUUGCAGUUCAGGUUCGAUGCCACAAAGCCCAUGAUCGCAGCAACGGGCAUGGCUGAGGGUUGUCCAGCAGAUGCGGAUGCACCUUGUAAAGCAGACGCAGCACACGUGAUGGACGCCGCCUCUGAGCCACAGCGGGAGGUCGCUUGCGAGCUGGUUGCAAGGCUGCAGCGAAGCUUUGAGGAGGUGCGGAGUCGAGCGGCAUCCUUGUCUCAUCAGUUGGCUGCUCUGCAAGAGGAUCUGUCUGUGUCUAAGCCACCACCCAGCGAAGCGAACGCUGCAAACACCACGUUCGAUGUGGGCCCUCUCACGGAAGAGUUCCGAAGAGCGCAGGAGAGGCAGCGGGACGAGGCCAAGUUUCGUGCUGAGGAGGCGGCUGACGAUGCGGAGGUGGCAGCAAAGGACAGGCAGGAACUCGAGGAGCAAAUUCACAAAGCUCUGCAGCAACAUGCCGAACUUCGGGGUGUGCUUGGUGCACAGGGCGAGAUGGUUUCAGAAUGUAAGGACCAGCAGAGGAAGCUCCAGCAUGAAAUGCAAGCCUUGAUAUGCUCUCGCCAGAACAUCCGUCAGGACACUGCAAGAUUCCGAGAGAAUACAGCUGCGGCGCUGGCUGUUCGAUCCCGCGUUCAGCAGCUGGUGACAGAGCAGAUUUCCGGCACAGAAAAGCUGAGGCUGCAUCUGGAGAGCUCUGUAUCUGAAAUUCAGUCCGACUCUACGAUUCUGGCACGGUCCAUUCCCAAAGACCGAAGCUCUACACUGACAGAAGGCCAGGUAAGAGCCAAGCGACCUCGCCCCACAGCCAAGAGCUGUGAAGUCCCGCCUACUUCAAAGAGAAGCCUCGAGGAUGCAGUUUCUUCUUCUGAUCCGUUUUGGUGGAGCGUCCUGACGGCAAUCAUUGAAGGCGUUGCCGAUGCCGAGCCAACACACAAUGAUGCCAGCGGUGCUCCAGCAAGCACUCAAAAGCAGCUCCUUUGCAGGGAUGUGCUCGUCAGGAGGGCAGGUGGCAGAUGUAACAUGAUGCAUCUGGCGGAAGUAAUUGGGCGAGGCUUGCAGGUGGGUGAAGGAGGAGCUGAGGAGCGAAUAACGCCCGCCAUGGCUGUGCGCGACUUGCCCACGUUAACUAGCUUCUUGGACGAGUACGAUGCCAAUGUGGUGGAUGGGACGGGCCAGACGGUUCUUCACUGGGCCGCCUCUGCGGGCAAGCCAGAGGCCAUCGACUACACUUUGGAUCAAGGUGCGCACGUCGAUAAGUUGGACCGGGAUGGCCGGUCGCCCCUGCACAUCGCAGCCCUGAGCGGGCACAUGGAAGCAGUCCAGCAGCUGCUGAAUCGCCGAGCCGACCCCACGGUGGGCGAUGGUUCUGGCUCGACGCCCCUGCAUCGCGCCGCCCUUGCUGGUGCUGCAGGCUGCGUGGCUGCCCUGGCCCAAUCUGCGAGUGUCCCAGCUGCUGGGGCCCCGGAGCAUCUAGACGUGACCCAGCAACGCACUGGUGGCACAGCGCUGCACGCAGCAGCAUACCUUGGCCAUAUCAAGGUCAUUGAGGAGCUCCUCCGUGCCGGUGCUUCACCUUGCGCCCGUGACCAUCGCGGCCGUUUGCCCUUGGACCGCUGGGUUGAGGAGGACCACGACGAGGUGGCGAAGAUAGCGGAGGAACCUCCAGUGGUGGAUGACGCGAAUCGCAAAGCUGUCGUGUCUCUGCUGUGGACGGCCAGUCGAGCCUGCAAGGGCAGGAACAAGGAGGAGCAUGGGUUCCACGAGCUCUGA